CAGCCCAAAAAUAAAAAAAAAAAUGUGAAAAUCACUAAAAAUAACCUAAAAUAAUACAAAAUAUCAGUUUGCUACAAAUUGCGGUAGAACUAUGCGAUUUUGACGUAAACUGUGUAAUUCCGUUCAAAUGACCUCAACUAAGCUUCUCUUGAACCUGAAUGAUGUUUACCAUGCCUUGAUAAUCAUCCAAGCUUCGAUUUGCUUGUUGUAUGUUGUUUUCAACCCAGAUCUGCUCAAUAAGGCCAUUUAAAACUUCAUGCAUCUUUUUAGCUCUAACUCGUGUGAUUGGACCUCCUUGGGUGUGUAAUGGAUCACAUGACGUAGUAGAUAUGCUGUCAUCUUGAUUCCCAUCAAGAGGUUUCAAGAGUAAGUCUAUUUUACAGGGCAAACUAUACCCAAUCUAGCCUGUAAAAUUAUUUAAAUAUCCCUGAAAAAAUAAUAUGAAAAUAAAAUUAAAGAUACCAG